CGGAGGAGGGGAGCGGUGAUGCUGAGGAGGAGUAACCGAGGAAGAGCAACAGGUUUCAGUGUGCUGAUGGGUUCACGAGGACAGAGCACGAGCGUAUGAAGAGGACCGGAUGAAAGGUACGGAACACAGCUGUUAAAGACACCUGAUGCUGCAGUCUGAUCCGCUCACCUGGGACUGAACACACACACAAACAAACAUGGCUGCUAACGCACGUUCAGACCCGCCCAUCCUCACAGAGCAGGAGGAGUUACAGAGAAGAGCCAAUCAGGUCACAGAUGAGUCACUGGAGAGCACGCGGCGGAUGGUUCAGUUGGUUGAGGAGAGUAAAGAUGUUGGGAUCAGGACUGUGGUGAUGUUGGAUGAACAAGGAGAGCAGUUGGAGCGAAUAGAGGAGGGCUUGGAUCAGAUCAACUCUGAUAUGAAGGAGGCAGAGAAAAACCUGACUGACCUGGGCAAGUGCUGUGGUCUCUGCUCCUGUGAUAAACUAAAGGCUUUUGAGGAGAGUGGGGCAUACAAGGCAGUUUGGGGCAGAGCCUCAAGCCAGGAUGGCGUUGUAGCCAAUCAGCCGCCGUCAUCUCGGGUCGUGGAUGAGAGAGAGCAAAUGAUUAUGAGUGGAGGAUACAUACGAAGGGCGACCGGCGACGCCCGCGAGGACGAGAUGGAGGAGAACCUGGCACAUGUGGGCAGCAUCGUCGGAAAUCUGAAGAGCAUGGCCCUGGACAUUGGCAACGAGCUGGAAACACAGAAUUCCCAAAUCGACCGCAUACAGGGAAAGGCUAAUCUCAACGUUACCCGAAUCAGCGCUGCCAACCAGAAGGCUACCAACCUCAUGAAACGAUAGAAGUGCUCUUCCAGUCUUUUUCUAUUAAACUGUGCUUUUGCGUGCCGUGCCAAUAUGCUGACCCUGUUAUUUUAAACCUCCCAUUUCUCACUUUUGACAGUGAAAUGUGCUGUAAAACUCAUCUAGAGGCCGUAAGGGGUUUAAAGUGGAGCUCUUUAUUCCGUAACCCGUAUUUUAACAUUCCUGUUCGUUCCCCAGAUAUCAUAAUAGAAAGUCGUAGUUAUAAAAUGUGACCUAUGAUUAUUAUAAGUCAGUUUGCAGUGCAAUGUACGCUCUGUUUUACCCCUCAGCGUGGCCUCCUUUAGCUCUUGGGAACCUUUAAUGGUCCCUGUGGGGAAAAAAUGGGUCACUCCAGCAGCACCAUCACUGCCAGCAGUAGCAGUAGAGAGCACAAUCACACAAAUACGUGAAUUUGUGUGAAGAGCGGCUGUCCCUGCUGUGGUGUUAUGAAACAUGAGCCCAUACGUCGCCUUUUCCAUCUGCCGGACGGACAGGGGAAUAACGGCAUCUGUGCAGCAAAAUGUUCUGAAAAGCAACCAGUCCAGUCCCAAAUUACACAACCCUGUAAUUCCACUUUCUCCAAAAUCUGCCACUGUGGAUGAAACACGUAUGUGACGGCGCCCUCUGUCGGCCCAGCCGGGUAUUGCCCAAGAGAAGGAAAUACGUAUUUCCCCACAAUGGAGGAUCUCUGGCGACACCAAGCGGACGCAAGCGGAACAUGCAUUCUUCCUGGCCUCUCCCAUCUUCCUUCUGUCUCCAUGUUGAUAGAAAAUGGUGGUGACACCAAGUGACGUUGUUGCUGAUUUUACGACCCUGUCUCUCAGUCGUGCACAUCAAAGGUUGGCUGACAAUGCCAAACGUCACCAUAUCCUAAAUGAUUUGUACUUGAUGUCUGUGUUUGUAAUGUUAGCCAAUCAGGGAGAUCCUUAAGUAAACUAUGCUGUCUUUUUAUUAGCUGCUAGGUUUGAAAUCGUCCAUUGGGUAGAAGCUGUUUUUUGUUUAAUUAUGUACUGAUGAGUAAUAUAGUACAAAUCAUAGAAGUGUAGAUGAUGCUGACCUAUGUUGACCUAAAAAGGCCUUCAUGUGCGUAACUACAAGGUAACUACUACAG